UUACUAAUCUGACUAACUGUGAGUCUGUCAUGGCUCACUAGAAAGAAAGUGAAAAACACAGUAACAAGAGAAGAUAGAGGUCAAGUCAAUGAAUUGAAGUUUGAAGUCAUUGUGAUUGGUGUUGGUGUUGGAGUUUGCUUUUCCAAGGCCAAGCAAUGGCCAAGACCACGCUGGAUUCGGGAUGGCUUGCAGCUAGGUCCACCGAGGUUCAUUUCACAGGCACUCAACUCACCACCACGCACCCUCCCUCUGCCUCCACCCAACCAUGGAUGGAAGCUAUCGUCCCUGGAACUGUUCUGGCUACCUUGGUGAAGAACAAAGCGGUGCCUGAUCCGUUUCGUGGACUAGGAAAUGAGGCAAUCCUGGAUAUUGCUGACUCUGGAAGAGACUAUUACACCUUCUGGUUCUUUACAACCUUUCAGUGUAAGCUGUCAGGCAAUCAGCACUGUGAUCUGAAUUUCCGAGGAAUCAAUUACUGUGCUGAUGUCUAUUUAAAUGGGCACCAGAUGGUCCUCCCAAAAGGAAUGUUUCGGAGACAUUCUCUUGAUGUCACCAAUAUUAUUCAUUCUGAUGGUAGUAACCUGCUUGCUGUUCUUGUUCACCCUCCCGAUCAUCCUGGGAGCAUUCCUCCUCAGGGGGGACAAGGUGGUGAUCACGAGAUUGGAAAGGAUGUGGCCACACAAUAUGUUCAAGGUUGGGAUUGGAUGGCUCCUAUAAGAGAUAGGAAUACUGGAAUAUGGGAUGAGGUUUCCAUUUCUAUUACUGGGCCAGUAAAAAUAAUCGAUCCCCACUUGGUGUCAUCAUUUUUUGACAAUUAUAAGAGAGUAUAUCUACAUGCCUCAACUGAGUUGGAAAACAGGAGCUCCUCGACUGCUGAGUGCUCAUUGAGUAUCCAUGCGACAACAGAACUUGAGGGGAGUAUUCACUUAGUAGAUCAGCUUCAAACUCAAAAUCUUUCAAUUCCUGCAAGAUCACGAGUGCAAUAUACAUUUCCUGAGCUCUUUUUCUACAAGCCAAAUUUAUGGUGGCCAAACGGAAUGGGGAAGCAAUCUUUGUACAAUGUUAUUAUUAACAUUGAUAUCAAAGGAUAUGGUGAGUCUGAUUCAUGGAACCAUCACUUUGGAUUCCGCAAAAUUGAAAGCCAUAUUGAUGGUGCAACAGGUGGAAGGUUGUUCAAAGUCAAUGGAGAACCAAUUUUUAUACGAGGGGGUAACUGGAUACUGUCUGAUGGGCUACUGCGACUUUCAAAGAAGCGAUACGAAACAGAUAUCAAGUUUCAUGCAGAUAUGAAUUUUAACAUGAUUCGAUGCUGGGGUGGUGGACUCACUGAAAGGCCAGAGUUUUAUCAUUAUUGUGAUUAUUAUGGUCUUUUGGUAUGGCAAGAGUUCUGGAUUACUGGGGAUGUUGAUGGACGCGGUAUCCCAGUAUCAAAUCCAAAUGGACCAUUGGACCAUGACCUUUUCUUGUUUUGUGCUAGAGACACGGUCAAGCUUCUUAGAAAUCAUCCUAGUCUUGCCCUCUGGGUGGGUGGAAAUGAACAAACUCCACCAGAUGAUAUAAAUGUUGCCCUGAAAAAUGAUCUGAAACUUCAUCCUUAUUUUGAACAUGGAGAAGAAAAAGAAAAACCUGUAGGUGAUUUGUCCCCAAGGUUGGGGGAUCCUAGCCAAUAUCUUGAUGGCACACGAAUUUACAUACAAGGAUCAUUAUGGGAUGGGUUUGCAGAUGGGAAGGGGGACUUCACUGAUGGACCUUAUGAAAUUCAAAAUCCCGAAGAUUUCUUUACAGAUAGUUUUUAUAAUUAUGGAUUCAAUCCCGAGGUUGGUUCUGUGGGAAUGCCAGUUGCUGCCACCAUAAGAGCAACAAUGCCUUCAGAAGGAUGGCAAAUACCACUGUUUAACAAACUUUCCCAUGGUUAUGUAGAAGAAGUUCCAAACCCCAUAUGGAAAUACCAUAAAUACAUUCCAUAUUCAAAUCCAACCAAGAAGGUUCAUGAUCAAAUUCAGCUUUAUGGUGAUGUAAAAGAUCUUGAUGAUUUUUGUUUGAAGGCUCAACUAGUUAACUACAUACAAUAUAGAGCUCUUUUGGAGGGAUGGACUUCGCACAUGUGGAAAAAAUAUACAGGAGUAUUGAUUUGGAAGACACAAAAUCCUUGGACUGGUCUGAGAGGUCAAUUUUAUGAUCAUCUUCUUGACCAAACAGCAGGUUUCUAUGGCUGUCGAUGCGCAGCAGAGCCAAUUCAUGUACAGCUUAAUCUGGCUACAUAUUUUAUAGAGGUUGUUAAUACUACAUCAGAAGAAUUGUCUAGUGUAGCUAUGGAAGUUUCAGUGUGGGACCUCGAAGGCACACGUCCACACUACAAAGUUCAUGAAAAUCUCACUGCACUGCCAAAAAAAGUAACACCUAUUGUUGAGAUGAAGUAUUCGAAGUCAAAAAAUCCUAGGCCAGUUUACUUUCUUCUUCUCAAACUCUACAACAUGUCAGAUAAUACAAUUUUAUCUAGAAAUUUUUAUUGGUUGCAUCUUGCUGGCGGAGAUUACAUGCUAUUAGAGCCAUAUAGGAAGAAGAAAGUACCUCUCAAGAUAACAUCCGAGGUUUUCAUUGAAGGAUCCACUUAUAUACUUCGAAUGCAUGUGCAAAAUACAUCUAAAAAACCAGACUCUAAAAGUUUAACAUUGGUACACGGUUCAACAGCUAGACUAAGCAAUAACUGCUUUGUUACAGACUCACCAGAAACCAUAGAUAGUGGGACUGGAAAAGAGCAUGAAGUUGGUUGGUUUAAGAGGAUACACAAAUGCUUUGCUGGGAAAAGUGAUGGUUUGAAGGUUUCUGAAAUUAAUGGACAAGAUAUAGGUGUCGCUUUCUUUCUUCAUUUUUCAGUUCAUGCUUCAAAUAAGGACCACAAGGAAGGGGAAGACACGAGAAUUCUCCCUGUUCAUUACUCAGAUAACUAUUUUUCAGUUGUGCCAGGAGAGACCAUGACUAUUAAAAUAUCUUUUGAGGUCCCUCCUGGUGUCUCUCCUCGAGUUACUCUGCAUGGCUGGAAUUACCAGGGACAAACCAUCCAUGAAGCUCUUUACUGAUGUCACAAGCAACCUUGUGAACUGAUCAAUUAGUGUACUCAAAAUGCAUUAGAGAAAACUUCAUGAGUUUUUCUUUCCCCUAUAACCUGUGAAACUUAGCAUCCCCAGACAACAUCUGAGAAUUAAUAUUUCCCUCUGUCACAGAUAAGACCAAUAUUUCUGGUGCUUUGUUUUUCAACCUGUGCAAUAAAAAAGGAAAGGUAAAAUUUUUAAACCACUGCGGAAAGAUGGAAAAUUUUUCAAUGUA